CUGGCAGGCGGACGGCGCGACGGUCUUUAGGCGUUCUUAGUGAGACUCUGUAGGGCGUGUUGCCUAGGAGACGACGGGUUUCAGUGGGCACAGCCUAGCAGAAAGAUGCAAGCUUAAUACAGCACGGACUGUCGACUUCCACCUUGAUGACUUCACCUUGGAGUGCCUUCCCAGUUCAGUUCCCCCAGCCUUCAAUCAGAGGCCUCUCACAGAUCACCAAGAGCCUGUUUAUCAGCAAUGGUGUGGCUGCCAACAACAAGCUCCUACUGUCCAGCAAUCAGAUCACCACAGUCAUCAACGUCUCAGUAGAGGUAGCAAACACCUUCUACGAGGGUAUCCAGUAUGUGCAGGUGCCUGUGGUCGAUGCGCCAGUCGCUCGCCUCUCUGAUUUCUUCGACUCCAUUGCCGACCAUAUCCAUUCGGUGGAGAUGCAGAAAGGCCGCACACUGUUGCAUUGUGCUGCUGGCGUGAGCCGCUCAGCUGCCCUGUGCCUCGCCUACCUCAUGAAGUACCAUGCCAUGUCCCUUGUAGAUGCCCACACUUGGACCAAGUCAUGCAGGCCCAUCAUCCGGCCCAACAGUGGCUUUUGGGAGCAGCUCAUCCAUUACGAGUUGCAGCUGUUUGGCAAGAACACAAUGCAGAUGAUGGACUCGCCAAUGGGACGGAUCCCAGACAUCUACGAGAAGGAGACCCGUCUGAUGAUCCCACUGUAAGCCAGCCCACCAGUAACUACAGUACCCCAAGGUCUGAACUUGAACUUGACUUUUGUUGCUGCAGGAGCACAGCAGGUGGUGCUUUUCAUGACGCCAGAAAACAGUGUUGCUAUAGCAUUUAACCUCGAAGUCCAGCCAGGUUUGGUGGUGCCUGCCUGUAACCUCAGAUUGCUGAAGCAGGGAGAUUACAAGGUGAGUUUGAGGCCAGCCUAGGCUACAUAUGAGGCCCUAUCUCAAAAACAAAAUCAACAACAGAAAUUCCCAACAAUUACUAUCUUGUCACCUGUGUUUUCAGAGGGUACAUUCAUUUCUUAUAAUAUAGUGAGGGUAACUUUUCUGUGAGUGGUAGGGUGGAGCUGGCAGAUGGUGCUAAGACAUAGGAACCAGUGCCCAGUGCAUACGGCAAGCUGGGGUUCCUGCAGCCCUCCUGGAGAUGACUAACCCAGAAACAAAUCUGCCAAAAUCCCACCUCGUUCUUUCAGAGGCAAAUCCUGAAGCUUCCUGGUGCUCUUGGAUGUCUCAAAGUAAGUGCCAGCCUGCUAGAUUAGGGGUCUUCAACCAGGGUUACAGAGAUUGCCCCUUCUACCUUUACCACAGUGGCCCAAUUCUGGUUUUCUAGAUCAGAUUCACACAGUGCUUGGAUCCCAGUGGUGCCCAGAUCAGCAAUCCUACCCAUACACAGGCCUUAGUUUAUGCAUGUUCUCAAAGCCUCUAUGUGAGAGAGAUGAAGAAAUGGCUUGAUCUCUGCUAGGUCUCAUCUGAGAAGCCGCCUCCAGAGUUCUCACUUUGCAACCUAAGAGUCCUGACACAGGACCGCGUGCAGAAUUGCAGAGCUGACUGUUGAGGAGCUAUGAGGACAGAGUGAGGAACAAGUGAGUUGUCUCUAGCAGGCCUUGAGAUUCAGGGCUGCUCAGAAGCCCUUGGUGUUAGGGUCUGAUUCAAGAAGGUUUGGUUUGGCUUGGUUUGGUUUAAUCCCUGGUCCCAGGUAGCCCAGGCUGUGUAGCCUUGAGUACCUGUCUCUUUCCUGUAUUUUAGGAAUGCUGGGUUCACAGGUAUGUGCCACCUUGCCCAGACAAGACUUAGUGCUACAGUGUGGUUUUUUGUGGUAUAAGACUCGCCCAAAGCAUCUUGCGGGAGGAAAGGGUUUAUUUGACUUACAUGGUAAACUCUGUCAUGAAGAAUGUGGCUUGCUCCCGGGGACCUGCUCAGUGUUACCUGCCCAGGUAGCCACAACCAUGGUGGACUAGAUCCUCUCACAUCAAGAAGCCCAUCUCAGUGGAGGGUCCCUUGUCCCAGGUGACUCCAGUUACACUGACAAACACUGUUAACAGUCUAAUCUAGAGCCUGGUAUGAGGUGGGCAGGAGAGGAAGAAGCUAACUGCUGUUCUAGACUACUGUCAUCCUUCACCAAGAGCAACCCCAUCCCUUCCCACCUCAGCCUUCACCUGGUAGAAACUGGUAGAAACACAGAUUUUUUUUUUUAAACAAAGAACUUUAUUCAAGCCUUUUUGUCAUUAAAAGAAAACAUUUGGAGGUGGAGAGACGGCUCGGUGAUUAUGAGAACUUACUGCUCUUACAGAGGGCCUGGGGUUUGAUUCCCAGCACCGCAUAGUGACUCACAACUGUCUAUGGCUCUAGUACCAAAGAAUCUGCUGCCCUUUUCUCAUCUCCUAGAGCACCAGGCACACAUGCAGUACAAAUACAUACAUGUAGGGAAAAUAUUCAUACACAGAAAAGAAAAAUAAAUCUUUAAAAAAAAUGCUCCUAAAUUAGCAUGUAAAAUUAACUUGAACUCAGUUCUCUGGGUCAUCCUACCCUAAGGCCUCAAUGCAUGCUAGGCAGAUGCUCUACCACCAAGCCAAUCCCCAGUCCAGUUCUUUGAGAUUGGUUUUGGUCAAGGUCUCCCUAUGUAACUCUGGCUGCCCUGUAACUUGAUAUAUAACCUAGGCUAGCCUCCAACUCAGAUCAGCCUGCCUCUGCCUGUGCACAGAUUCACAUAUUCAUCACAAAUCAGGACUCCAGCAGUUCUACUGCCCAAACGAUGCUGUUUUGGGUCCCGUUUGUGGUCAGACCCCCAACCCAACCACAGUCUCUGGUAAGCAUGUGCCUGGCUGUGUGCAUCCUAUGGGUUUGCUGAUGCUCGGUAUGUGCAGCCUGGAGUGUGCCUUUCCCGCAGCCACGCGUCUUUGCUCUAUGAUGGUGUGUGUGACUGUGCUACACUGGACUCAAUGAAGCACACCUGAGCUGUCUCUUUUAGGGGAUUAUAGAUAAAAUUACUAUAAACAUGUGUACACAGGUUACUGUAUGUGUGAACAUAAGUUUUCAUUUCUCUAGGGUGUGUACUACAGAAUGAGAUAUUAGUCAUAUGAUGAUGGUGUGUGGAAUCAUUUUUAUUUUUAAAAUGCUAACCUUACAGAGUGGCCAUCCUUCCCUCUCACCAGACUUCAUGGACACUGCUCAUACUCACCCCUGUAUCCUCUCUUACCCAUCCCACAUUCUCAGAACACCUUUUCCCAGUAAGUUACACCACUCCAUCCCCAUGCUCAUGACAUUUCUGUGUUCAGAUCUUUAAAAGCUGGGCUAGUAAGGUGUUGUGUUACAGCAGCUUCAUGCAUGGCACCACACUGUUCUCGGGGGUCCCCCUCCUGCUCCAUAUUGUUAUUUAUUUUGUAAACUGUAUUUUGGGGAAAUACACAUUUAUAGGAUCUGUGUGCCAGUUCCUCCUAGCACCCUCAUCCUGCCUCCCUUCCAACAAGUCCACCUUGUUUUAACAUCAAUACCCUGAAUCCAGUUGGUGCUGCCUGUUGCUCAUGGUGUGGGAUCAUUUGCUAGGGUGUGGGCACCUUACCAGUGGCCAAGUCGCCAAAGGAGGAUGACCUCCCUCCCUCUGCAGCCAUCAGCGCCAAUAGCUCCUCCUCCAAGAGCAGGUGGAUAAGUAUGUUUACCGAGUAUGAGUUGAGUUGAUGAGUUGAUGUGACAACAGCCUUAAGACAGUCAGCAGCCUCACCCUCCAGCGCCUACAUUCUUCCUACUCUGGGGCCAUGAAAAGGAGCAGGAAGCUGGUUGACACCUCCUGCAGAAUUCCAGCACAAUCACUGUUUGUUGUAAAGAUUGCCAGCUAGAAGUCAACACUUUUUAUUUAUAGAGAUUUUGUGUUAAAAUAAUAGUGAACGUGGCCUUACUCCUAAACAGUUUCUGGGAAUUUCAAAAAUAAGACAUUUUAAAAAAAAAUAAUAAUAAUG